GCCGUUGCAGCUGUCUGAUGAUGGCGGCGGCGGUAGCUCUCGGUUCAACGACUGGGUAUCUGGGAUUGGGGGGCUCUGGUUGUGGGGGCUGCGGAGGACCAUGGUUGCGAACGAGGUUCGCUCCGUUGGUGUGAACGCGUAAUCCCAGGUGUGUUCGUUCUUUGGUAGUGUUUGUAUGAGGGUUGGACUUGUUGGGGUUGGGGGUUGCUUUCGGUGACGGCGUCUGAGAGAAGCAGAGUAGUAGUCCUACGAAAAUGGCCAAUCUGGAGAGGGAAACGGGGACCACGAUGGCGAUUGUCGUUUUGGUGCUGAGGCCGCCGUUGCUGCUGCUAUUCGCUUCUGUUUCUCUGAAUGUUGACGGGUUAGUAGUUAGGAUUAGGGUGGAUGGUGUUGUAGGCUCGGACGCAGCUGUGGUGGUGGAGUCGAGGGAUAAGCUUGGGGCCCAUUGGGCUACAGUAUCGAAUGUACUCCGGAUCCUUGGUGGAUAUGGGAGACCUGUACGUUCGUAGACUAUUGGUGGCAUCGCCACGGUUGGCUCUUUUGGUGAGAUGUGAGAUGGGGGAGUCAAGGCUGGUUGCAAGGGCGAUAUGGUAGUUUUGGUUGAUCCAACGCGAUCCGGGAUAGAGUUAAUUUUCUUCGAGGAGUCGGUGUCAUCCGACUGCACAGAAGUUAGGAUUGUCUGGAUCAUUUGUCGGAGUGUUGAUGUCGUCUUGAGUGGGUCUGGCAGGAAUAUGGUACUCGUUGUAGUGCCAUAUGGUGGAAA